AUGACACCCAAGAGCGGUCUCCGGGGCUAUCCCGGUCCAGUGAUCCACGAGCCAGCUCGUCCACCACGCCGCAAAUUCCUGAGACGCUGGCGACGAUCCAUUGGAGGGGUUGCUUUGGUCGCAACACUGCUGCUAGUCUCCAUCAGGUCCCCUGCAGACCUACUGACACCCACCACCUCUGCAGCGACCAAACGGGAAUUCUACGAAGGACUGCAGAGAUGCCAUGAGGUGUAUGAUCGAGGCCUCCGAGAGCCUGUGGCAUCAACAAGCAGGGUCAAUCCCCGCUGGAACCCCGUCGCAGGCCAAAAAGAAGCCAUCGUCAUCCAGAAUGCGACGCUUUUCGACGGGGAAUCUAUCCUCAACGACCGGGUUGAUAUCAUCUUCGACGCGGGGGUGAUCCGCUCCGUGCUCCCGACUUCGCAGCACACUUCUUUGCCAGCCAACGCCCAGGUCAUCGACGUGCAUGGUUCAUUCGUCACCCCCGGUCUGGUGGACAUGCACUCGCAUCACUUGCUGCUCUCCUUCCCGCAGCUCCCGGCCACCAAGGACGUCAACGAGAGCCCGCUCCUGGGACCGCUGACCUCGUUCGUGCGUGCCGUGGAUGGGUUCAACCCGGACGACCCAGCCAUCAAGAUCAUUGCCUCCGGAGGCGUGACCUCCUCGCUGAUCCCCCCGGGAUCGGCAAAUGUUAUCGGCGGCGAAGCCUAUCUGGUCAAGAACCUUCCCCGAUCCGGCCCAGAUGGCGAGCCGGUUAUCGAGGAGUUACUCCUCGACCACGGCAUCCCCGAGGCGCAGCGCCAGCGAUAUCUCAAGAUGGCGUGUGGGGAGAACCCCCGACGGUUCUACGGCCACACCCGCCUCGGUCUCGCCUGGCUGCUGCGGGAAGAACUUAAUAAAGCACGAGCGCUGCACGGCCGCCAGACGGAGUGGUGCCAGGCUGCAGUCCAGAUACAGGAGAGCAGGGUUGGGCAGAGUCAGCAGAUCGCCAAUUUUAUCGACAGACAGGGCAAGCGACCGGAAGAAUUCAAGCUCGACACUCUGGUCGCGCUGUUGCGCGGAGAGCUCAAUCUGAAUGUGCACUGCUAUACCCCCGAUGAUCUGGAGCGCAUGCUUGCCGUGCUGCAUGAAUUUGGGGUGCAUCCGCGGGCGUUCCAUCAUGCCUUGUCGGCGUGGCAGGUGCCUGAAUUCCUCAAACAUCUCGAAGAAAACAUCACCAUUGCCACGUUCGCCGAUAACGGCCUGUACAAGGCCGAGGCCUACGAGUCGAAUCUACGAGGACCUAAGAUUCUGGAUGAGCACGGUCUCCGCGUGGCCCUGAAAUCGGAUCACACAGGAGAGGGAAAUUAUGCGAAGUACCUCCUCGACCAGGCAGCGGUCGCAUACUCCUUCGGCCUACCCGAAGAAAAGGCCCUGCAAUCAGUAACCUCGAUCCCGGCUCGCUCCAUCCAACAGGACCACCGGAUCGGCUACGCGCGCCCUGGCUAUGACGCCGAUAUCGUCAUCUGGGAUGACCAUCCGCUGCAAGUAGGCGCCACUCCGAUCGAGGUGUUCAUCGACGGUCGCGCCGUGCUGGAAUCGCCUGCCUUACCAUCAGUCCAAGAUGAAGAUAUCGUGGGACAAGCCGCACCAGCCGUCCGACCCUCCGUCACCACAGCGGAGCGGGACCGCGUAUGCGCACCCGUGCGCGACAAAUCAUCCGACACGAAUAUCCUCAUCACCGGCAUCCAGCACGUCCUCCUCAACUCAACCAUAACCCAGGUCCCCACAGAGACAGCCCAGGACACGGUUCUCUUGCUCACAAAGAACCAGAUCGCCUGCCUCGAUACCAAGUCAACCUGUCUCGCGCAGACCACCCGCAAAGCCCUCACGCAGAUCGACCUGAAGAACGGAUACAUCACGCCGGGCCUCGUGGCCUUCGGCAACAAGCUGGGCAUCGAGGACAUCGCCUCGGAGCCGUCCACCGGCACCGGCAAGGACGUCAAGGGCGCGGCUGACCCGCUGAACGAGCAGAAGAGCGUGCAUUUCGCCAAGUACGGGGUCCACCUGCACGGCCGCGCCUUCGGCCGGGCGCAGAUCGGCGGCGUGACCAAGGCCGUGACCCCGCCGCUGAGCGCGGGCAUCGUGCAGGGGGUCAGCGUGGGGGUCCGCACCCACGAGCGGGCGACGAUCCUGGACGGAGGGAUCUGGAAGGAUGACGUGGCGCUGCAUUUCACGGUGGGACAGUCGGCGAGAAACGACAAUACCCCCACCGUCUUGUCGGGGAUCGAACGGCUGCGGCAGGUGUUGGAGCAGGGAGGCACCGAGAGCUCGGGGGUUUACGCGCACGCGGCGAACGGGUCUCUUCCGGUGGUUGUGCAUGCUUUCCAUCAGGACGACAUCGCCCAACUCGUCCGCAUCAAAAAAGACUUCCCACACAUCAAGCUGGUCCUCUACGGCGGCCACGGUGCCCCUCUGGUCGCCCACCACCUCGCCGAAGCCGCCAUCCCCGUCAUCCUGACCGGCAACCGCGGCGCCCCGGACCGCUGGGAGAAGAAGGAUAUCCCCGUGGGGCCCCCGCUGACCGAGAGUGCCGCGAAGACGCUCCUCGACGCCGGCGUACAGCUCGGUCUGGCCCUUGUCGGCGAUUCGGGGGUCCACGCGCUGGCCCAGCACGCGCAGGCGGCCGGGAAGCAGGCGGGGUUGACGGACCGCGAGGCGAUCGCGCUGGUGUCGACGAAUCUGGAGGAGAUUCUGGGGCUGCGUCGCGCGGGCAGUGCGGAGGAGGCGCAUGUCGGGGACUUUGUGGUUUGGGAGGGCAAUCCGUUGCGCGGGGAAGGGUCGGUGGUUGUUUCGGUGCUGGAGGGCGGGGAGGUCGCGGAUUGUUGGCCGGAUAGAGUUGGGGCUGUUUUGUAG